AUGGAGAUUGACAAGCAGCUCGAAGACGAUGCUAAGAAGAUGCGCAGGGACUGUAAGAUACUCCUCCUCGGAUCCGGCGAAUCUGGUAAAUCCACUAUCGUCAAGCAAAUGAAGAUUAUUCAUCAGAAUGGCUAUUCUAAAGAGGAACUCAUCGGUUUUCGUUUGGUCGUUUUCAAAAACGUCGUCGAUUCUGCUCAAUCCGUCGUCCUGGCGUUGAGGAAGCUAGGCAUGGAGCCGCGGUGGAAUAUUAACCAACAUUACGCCGAUUAUAUACUAGAUUACAGUCUCGAUUUGGAGCCAGGGAUGUCCCUCUCGAAAGACCUCGUAAAGGCAAUUGACUCACUUUGGAACGAUCCCAUUAUACCCGACAUACUCGAUAGGUCUUCGGAGUGGUAUCUCAUGGACUCAGCUCCAUACUUUUUUGAAAACGUUGACCGGAUUGGAAACCAAGAUUAUAUCCCGAAUGAGAAUGACGUCUUAAGGGCGAGAAUAAAGACAACUGGUAUCACUGAGACGAGAUUCACUAUGGGUCAACUUUCUAUACACAUGUUUGACGUAGGUGGACAGCGCUCUGAACGUAAAAAGUGGAUACACUGCUUCGAAGCUGUGACUUCUAUUAUUUUCUGCGUAGCAAUAUCAGAGUAUGACCAGGUAUUGCUAGAAGAAUCUGGUCAAAAUCGAAUGCAGGAAUCACUGGUGCUUUUUGAAUCAGUUAUAAAUAGCAGAUGGUUCUUGAGAACUUCGAUUAUUCUGUUCAUGAACAAAAUCGACGUAUUUAGUGCCAAAAUAACUAGGAUUCCAUUAGAGAGGUACUUCCCAGAAUACUCAGGCGGUGCGGACCUUAAUAAAGCAGCAAAGUAUAUCCUCUGGAGAUUCACUCAAACUAACCGCGCGAGACUAUCCAUUUACCCACACCUCACACAAGCCACGGACACAUCCAACAUCAGGUUGGUAUUUGCCGCAGUAAAAGAAACCAUACUGCAAAACGCUUUACGAGAUUCCGGUAUACUCUAA